CACGAUAUUUGCGACACCAUGUGUACCGGUGGGUUGCUCAUUACGAGCCGGAGUUUAGCGUGGUUCGUUGUAACAAUGGUCGCGAGCAUGACACUGUUAAGUGCAAUCGUUCAACCGAAGUGGCUCAUCGGUCCGGAAGAGAUACGCAUCUUGAACGAGGAAGGCAACUUCACCGUUGUCCGCCAUCCAUCGGUCGGAAUUUACAACAGGUGCAAACGGAUGGGCCACGAGCAGUACAAUUGUGGCAACUUUGAUCUGUACGGACUGAUGACGGAUUCCAGCGUUUUUCCCGUACCUUGGAAGUGCACCAUGUUCCUGAUGUGUGUGGGAACGAUGCUGCUGGGUUUGACGGGGUUCGCCAUGCUCGUCAUCUGCUGCCGUGUGCAUUCCUUCUUCGGGUUCAGCAUGCACAAGUACCUGUGCAUCUUCCAAGCGAUCGCCGCCAUGAUGGUGCUGUGCGGCUAUCUCGUCUAUCCACUCGCGUGGGAUGUGCCACGGGUGAGAAAACUGUGUGGUCCAGAUGCGGAACCUUACUCGCCCGCCGAUUGUACGCUCGGUUCGUCCAUUUAUCUUGGUGCCGUUGGUGUGCUGCUUGCCUUCCUCUGUACCGUGCUAAGCAUGAAGGCAGAAGCGUCCUACUACAGUGCCAAAGCGCAGCGUCGUGUCAUCGAUGGUGAUGUAUUGGUAUGUGUUAUGUGA